AAAUGUGUGAUACACGACGGACAGUUUAUUGAAACCGACCACUGAUGUCUGUCCUAUGUGAUUGUGUCGCAGUUUUGUUCACGUGCAUAACUGGAUUAGUUCUGUUUGGUGUGUUUUAUUUUCUUGAAAAGGGCUUGUAUCCUUUUCAACCAGAACAAAUGAGCCUCGCUUGUACAGGUGAUCCAACCGAAAUGAUGGUCACGUGGGUGACAUUCAGUCCCACAGUAAACCAAACAGUCGAAUACAAUGUUCACGGUGAGCCACUGAGAUUUAACGCUACAGGCACCAUGACGAAAUUCAAAGAUGGCGGAUGGUUGCUUCGAGUACUAUACAUACACAGGACCAAACUAACGGGACUUAAACCAGAGCAGUCGUAUGAUUACCGCUGUGGAGGGGGAGACUAUUGGAGUGAGGUGUACACUUUCAAGACUCCAAGGAGUGGGGAAGACUGGAGCCCGCGCAUAGCUUUGUAUGGAGAUCUGGGGACAGACGGACAGUCGCUGUCAUUACUCACAUCCGAAGCUUUGAAUGGAAACUUUGAUGUUAUAUUCUGGAACAUCGGUCCAGCUCAUAUAAUAAGCAUUUCCACAGAAUUCUACUUUUUUUACCACAAGUAUGGAUCUGAACAGAUCGCAAAUCAGUACAAGUGGCUAGAAGCCGAUCUCAAGGAAGCAACAAGGAAAAGAAAUCGAGCCAAACGUCCGUGGAUUAUAACGAUGGGUCACAGGCCAAUGUAUUGUUCAAAUGCCGGUGGAGAUGACUGCACUCAGAAUGAAAGCAAGGUUCGUACUGGUCUUAAUUCAAAAUAUGGACUGGAAGAUCUUUUCUACAUGUAUGGUGUUGAUCUAAUGGUGUGGGCUCAUGAACAUUCUUACGAAAGACUUUACCCGGUUUAUAACCGUAAGCUUUGUCGAGGUCCUGUGGAAAAAGCAUACAUCAACCCAUGCGCCCCUGUUCACAUUAUCACAGGAUCAGCGGGAUGCAAGGAACACCAUGAUGCUUUCAAGCCCAAGUAUGGUCCCUGGACAGCAUUUCGUGCCUUGGAUUACGGUUACACUAGAAUGAAAAUUCACAACAACACGCAUCUGUAUAUGGAGCAAGUUAGUGCUGAUAAGGGAGGGGAGAUCAUUGAUCAUGUGUGGAUUGUUAAACAUCGCCAUGGACCGGGUGCCUGGAUAAUGCCCAUGAAAUAAUUAAGGACCCAUUUGUUUCAGCUUCCCAGAAAAGUCCUGUCUGAUCCUUGAAAGUGAAGAGUGAGCAAUUUUGAGGAUUUCACCUGACCUGGUGUUUCCAACACAUUACGUUAGCCUCUCCUAUCGCCGGCUAUUAACGGUUUUGAAAAUUUCUUGAG